UGGAGCCGCCCCCCUGCCCUGCUGAGCGCACAUGUCCGCCUGCCCAUGCCCAGAAGAUGACCAGGCUGCUCUUGGGGGUGACCCUGGAAAGGAUUUGCAAGGCCGUGCUGCUGCUCUGCCUGCUCCACUUCGUCAUCAUCAUGAUCCUCUACUUUGACGUCUACUUUGGCGAAGACACCUUCAACCGGGCCAAACUGCUCAACGUGGGGUUCCUGGAGGCCCUCAAGGAUGACGAGGAGUACGACUGCUUCAUCUUCAGCGACGUGGACCUCAUCCCCAUGGACGACCGCAACCUCUAUCGCUGCUACGAGCAGCCGCGGCACUUUGCUGUUGGCAUGGACAAGUUUGGGUUCAGGCUGCCCUACGCCGGCUACUUUGGUGGCGUCUCUGGGCUGAGCAAGUCCCAGUUCCUGAAGAUCAACGGCUUUCCCAACGAGUACUGGGGCUGGGGAGGAGAGGACGAUGACAUCUUUAACCGGUAA